AUGGACGCGUUCGUGUCGCGCAAGAGGAAGUGGGAUGAGGGGCCGCCCAGGUCCGUGGCGAGUACAGGCACGCGGCCUUCAGAGGCUAAAGACCCAGAAGAAGAGUCUACCGAUUUCAAGUUGGCCUUGUUGGCAUCUCUACAUCCUACAGUUGAUGAAGGGACUCUACUUGAAGCAUUGCUCGCUGCUGAGGGGGGCGUUGAACAAGCCUCGGAGUGUCUAUCCCGGCCUCGAGUUACUUCCCCAAGAAAGCGACCCGCAUCAUCGACAGUGGGCUAUCAAUCGUCACUGAGCUCGUAUCGCAUUGCUCCCGCCAACGGCACGUUGACCAAGAAGCCACUCGUGAAAAAGGGCAAGACACUAUCUCUCUACAGCCCAGAAGACAUCGAAGCACAUACGCCUUGUUCAAUCAUACAUAAUUUCCUUCCGGUAGAGCAAGCGGAUGCACUGCUGUCACAACUACUGGACGCCUCGUCAACCUACGACAGGUACGAGUUCAAGCUUUUCGACAGAGUUGUUGUAAGCCCACACACGUACUCCUUCUACGUCAACAGCUUAGAAGAGGCGGAACGACAAAAGACGGAAUACAUCUACAACGGUGGCCAAAUCGAGAAUGUCCGACAAAGCCUACCAGAAAUGCUCAACGCAUGCCCCCAAGUCGAAGACGCCGUCAACCGCGAAAUCCAACGCAGAAUCCGCGACUUCUACCCCAACGGCAAGAAACUCAGAUACCAAUCCCCUCACCCCUGGAAAGCCAACACCGCCUUCGUCAACUGCUACGACGGACCGCAAGAAAGCGUCGGAUACCACGCCGACCAACUCACCUACCUCGGUCCACGAGCCGUCAUCGGCAGUCUAAGCCUCGGCGUAGCGCGCGAAUUCCGGGUCCGCAAGACCGUCGCCGAAGACGACUCGCACCGAAAAGACGACGGUUCUCUCGCGGACGCACAAGGCCAAAUCAGCAUUCAUUUACCACACAACUCGCUCCUAGUUAUGCAUGCUGAGAUGCAAGAAGAAUGGAAACACUCGAUUGCGCCGGCCCAAGCUAUCGAUCCUCAUCCGCUUGCGAAGAACAAGCGUCUUAAUAUUACGUAUCGGUUCUACAAGGAUAGCCUCCAUCCGAGGUUUACGCCGAAAUGCAAGUGUGGCGUUCCGACUGUGUUGAGGUGUGCGACGAGGAAGAAGGAAUCGAGGGGGCGGUAUAUGUGGAUGUGCCAUGCUGGUUAUGUGCCGGGUCGGGAGAGUUGUAGUUUUUUUCAGUGGGCGGAGUUUGAUGAGGAUGGAGAGCCGCCGUGGGCGGAGAAAGUUAAGAUGGAAGAGGGGAGUUUGAAUGAGCAGACGUACAUUGUCCUCGGCAAGCUUUACUACGAGCACCCAUAUUGCUAUACACAGCACAUUGUCGUCAGCACGCCUCAUCGCAGCCUUACAUCCCAGAAGUCACCCAAACCUACUCUACCGUCUUACCUCACGACCAUGCCACCUCUCUUCCCCCACCAAGCGGUCAUGUUCACGCCAUCGAAGUCCAUGCCGCCCCCCAACGAAGUACUCGACAGUAUCCUCACAGGCUAUCUCUGGGGUUGUCUUCUGAUAACUCUGUUCCUCUUCACGUACUUCGCCAUUAGCUUCUGCGCCUGGGUGCUCUCGGCAGUUUUGGCUUCGAUCGACACGGUUGUUGACUUCGUACGGAUGUACUGCGACUUUUCGGAUGCUAGUACCGAUGUCGAGAUGAUGGCUCCUAUCUGGCUGGAGAAGUACACGGCUGAGAGCCCGGGGCAGCUCAACAGACCGGAUGAGAUCACCAGGCUCAAAUGCACAUUACACGAAUACGACACCGCCCUCCAAGACGCACACUCAGCUGACGAAACAGCCAUACCACACCUGUCCAACACCCUGACGAACUUCCCCAACCUCCCCGAAAAGUCCCCUACACCCCCGGCGCUUUCUUAA